AUGAACGACGCGGUGCGCGCCGAGGCCAUCGCGACACAAACAGCAGGCCUGGAAGUGUUUUGCCCGACGCCACUGGCCCGUGCCGAGCUGCUCUUGCGGCUCUUGAGUAGCGUCGACGUGCUGCGUCUCGACACGCUGUGCGACGCACUGAGCUCGAAGCCGCAUUUGCUGGCGCAAUGGAUGCCGGCCAGUGACGCGCCAUCGUCGUCGUCGUCGCUCUUCCCGUGGCCGCUCGAUGCCGUCAAGCGCAGUCUUCUCGACACGAGCGACGAUGACAACAACGACGUGCCGCGUAUCAAGAAGGCCGAAGUCAUUAGCGUGCUCCAGAAACUCCCGCGCAUGCCAUCGCUGGAUGCGACGUCGCCCGCCGAACAACUCGUUGUCUUGUACGAAGAGUGGCAGCGCUUUUACGUGGCGAGCACGUCUAUCGUGCCCAUCGAGACGACAAAAACGCUCUUGAAAGCGCUCUUGAGCGCGUCGACGCAUGGGACGGCGUCGGCGCGAACGCUCUUGGUGGCGCUUCAAGACCGUCUUUUGUCCGACGUGCGGCGGCACUGGACGCCGUGCACAGUGUCGCGCCUGCUGCAGUGGCACGAAGACACGCGCUUCUUCAAGGUUGUCAACUGCCCCAUUGGUGUGCGCGAGACGCCCAACGUCAAGGCGCCCAAGACGGGCCGCACGCUCAGCAUUGGCCAAAUCAUCGAGACCAAGAACGUGCUCCAGUACCAAAACGACGCUGUCCAGUAUGUCGAGCUGCUCACGGGUGGCUGGGUCUUUGACGUCGACCCGACCGAUGGGAUGCUGCUUCUCGACGAACAUGCGGCCAACAAUGCGCAGCCGACACGACGCGCGUACUCGCUCACGGCGCUACUCGACGGCCAGGCCAAGGCGACUGCAUCGCCGCUGGGUGGGCACAUGCGAUUUGAAGUCCCGUCCGACGAGGGGCUCGACGUGUCGGCCGAUGGCUUGAGCGUCACCAACACGACGGGCGGCGCGUGGCGGACGGCGUUGGGUUCCAAAACGUUUACACGAGGGUCUGGCGUGCACACGUGGCAAGUGACGAUAUUCCGGGUCCAGAACAUUGGCCAACUCUUUCUCGGGAUUGCCUCGACUGCACCAUCCACGGUGCGGUCGUACGUCGGCAGUGACCCCGGUAGCUACGGCUGGCAGCUUACAGGCGACUGGUACCAUGCGGGUGUUCGCACCAAGGCGUCGCAUCUACCGCUCCUUGGCCCGGCGCCGAUCGUACUCGACGUGAAGCUCGACACGACGAUGGGGACACUUCUCGUGGUCAAUACCACGUCGAACGCGCCCGUGGGACCUGCGCUCGUGCUCGACUUGGUCGCAGGGGAGGCCUACGCGCCCGCGAUCUCGCUCUGCAACGCCCACGACGCCAUUGCCUUCUCGACCUCGGCGGUGGCUCUUGGUGGGGAUGCGAUCACUGUGGACGGACGAACGAAUGCCCCGCCAAACCUCGAGCCGACGCCGCUGGCAGCCUUUUACGCCAAGACGCUGCUUGCAGCGUGCAAGUCGGCGGCAGCUCGGCAAGAACUGUCCUCGCUCUUGACACCGGUCGUCGCGUCCAUGCUGUGCUGGUCCAACGUCGACGACGAGCCGUUUGUACUCGACACGAUCGACGAGAUUUUGCUGCAAGAGACUUGCAGUAUGUCGCCGGACGAGUCGGACGCACGUCUCUUGCUCGGAGGGCUUGGCGGCCACUUGUACGGGCAGCGCAUUGGCGCCUCGCCCGAGACGCACAUUGACGAGGCCGACGCGCGUUGGCUUCGGUCCCCGCUCUUCCAAGCUGGCUUGUCCUCGAGCAAACCGUCGACGUCGGCGUUCUACAAGCAGCUCUUCGACGGCCUCCACCCAUCUUUUGACAAGUGGGUGCUCAAGUUUGCCAACGCGAGCCCGCUCGUCGUGCGCAUGGGCGGCGCGAGCCUGGAAAAGGCCAUCCGCGCCGUGCUUGGGUGUAUGCUGUACCACUGCGGCAUGAGCUCGUAUGCCGAGUUUGAGGACAAGGCCAACGCGGCCAAGACAUCGCCGGCGCCCAAGCCGCUCCGCUCGCUGUGGCAAAAGGCGUACGAGCUCAAGGCGUAUGCCCUCCGGCUGAAAAACUCGCACGGGCUGUCGUACGACGAGAUUGCGGCAACGCUUUUGGCCAAAGUGGACUUUCUCUUGCAUUUGAGCCCGACGAAAGCCGACGAUGGCCUUGGCGUCUACUACCACGAACUGCCGACGCUGGUGCGCAAGAUCUCGAUGGGCAAGCGCAGCAGUUCGUUUGACGCGGAUGAGACACCCGACGCCAGCCUCCGCGAUGUCGACGCCGAGAUCAUUGCCAACAUUGCGGCUGCGCAGGCCAUGGCGCUCCAGCGUGCGCACGGCCUUCGUCGCGUGACCAAGCUCGUCUCAGCGCUGCGGCUUCCGUGCAAAGCCGCAAUUUUGUUGCAAGUGGUCGCUGCGAUCCGCGCCUCGGACGUGUGGCACUACUCGUCCGGCAUCUCGGGCUGUCCCCAUGCGCUCCAGCACGACGUUCGGUGCGCGUUUGAAGGCUACUACAAUGUCCUCGUGCGACACCUCUCGGUCGCGACGACGCAGCCGACGAGCUGGCAACUGCUGUUGCUCGACGCCCUCGGUGUGCGCAUUUUGCCAGACGACCACGCACUCGUCGCGGCCGGCCGCGUCUUCCACGUGCUUCAAGAGAUCCUCGAUGUGGGCCGCGCCGACGUCCGCCAAGCGACGAUGAAGGUCGUGUAUCUCCUCGCCGUCCAAGUCGCAAGCGAAGGCGAUGGCAACCAAAACCCGGCACUGGCCCCGUCGCAUGUUUUGACGCCGCCGCACUUUACGCGCCAGCUCUCGGGACCGCAAACGCUAAGCUCGGCCGUGUUUGAGAUGCUCUACAACGAGCUCUCGCUCGUCGUCCAUCGUCUCCUCGAGUCGCACAAGACGUCGCGCACGUAUGCGCUCGACGUGUUGGGGGAGAACCCGAGUUUGCUGGGCAUUUUGUCGCUGCUGCAGUUUGUGUCGUCGUCGCCCGCGUGCAAUGCGUCGCUCGCAACGACGCCAUGGCUCUCGAUCUUUGUGACCAUCGCCUGCUUUGGCGGCACCGAGCCACAAGUUCGGUCGAUGCAACUCCUCGCGACGCUCCUCCCGGUGUGCAACCCCGUCGUCGUGACGCUCGAGCUGCCGUUUACGCUGGAAGGGCUCGUCGCGACGCCGUCGAGCGUGCGCGGUGCGACCGACCUGCUUAUGUUUCUCGUGCAAGCCGUCGGUGCACCGCUGCACGCACAGCCGUCCGAGAGCCUGCCGCGCUCGAGCCGCACAGCGCUCUCGCUGGCGUCCGAGAGCGUGAGUCUGCUGCGCGUCUUGCUGGAAGAAGCGGCGUGGCAUCCCCUCGUGCUCGAGGUUCUCCAGUCUAUGUUUCGGUCCGACGACGUCACGGUGCAAAUCGGCGUCCUUGGCGUCUUGGGGUCGUUUGUCGAACCGAUUCGGUACGGUGGAUACGCUACAAUUCCACAUCAUGACGGUAUGGUCAUGCUGGUCGACCCGAACUGCGAUUUUGGCAGCGCGACCGUGCUCUGCGACCACAUAUCGACGCCCGUGUCGACGGCCGAGAUGACGACGGUGCCCAAGCACACGCUGUCGCUGACAAUCUUACCGGAUGCGUUUGUCGAUGCGAUCCUCGAGUCGGCGGCCAACGCUUUGCUGGCGCCGAUCCCGAGCGAGACUCUCUUUCUGCACCUCCUCCACGUCGCCCACCGCAUCUUUUGCGAGCAUCCGACGCAGUUGUUUGACAUUGUCGCCAAGAGCCCCAUGCUGGCGCGCAAGGUCUUUGAGCUCGGCGGCCUUCUCUCGACGUCGAGCGGUCUCCCGAGUCUCCCUCUCGUCGAGGCCAAGUUUGAGAUGCUGCAAGCGCUCCAGUACAACCACAUGUAUGGCAACAUGCGUGACGCGCUCUACCCACUGCCGGCGUUUUCUGAGGCGCCGCCGCCCACCGACGUCGUUGUCGCCGGCGUCGCUGUGUGCAACGUGGCCUUUCACGACGGGCUGCUCUGCACGCUCAAGCAGGUGUCGACGUUUGAUACACCGGUCGGCAUUGGCUCGGAUGCCAUCCAGUGGCUCGAGGCGCUCCUCAAUCACAUGCUCUUCAAGACCGUCGAGAGUCUCCUGAGUGUCUGGACCACGAUCGAGCGCAGUGCAGCGAGCCGGCUGGAUGUGCAGACGGCCGUCGAGACCGUCUACCGCGCGAUCGCGCUGCCCGAGAUGCUCCAGGCGGCGUGUGCCGAAGCCAAUGAGUGGCUCUCGAACCGCGAUCAUUGGGGCGUCGAGUGGGGCGUCCACGAGACUCGGAUCGUCGACUACGUAGUGGCGCAGCUCGAGGCGGCGAUGCCGGGCAAGGGCGCUGCGUGGCGGGACACGUGCAACGCGCUGCAGCUGGGUCCGUAUCUCUGUGCGACGUGCGAGUGCUUGGCAGCCGACGUGCUCAGCCUCGCGAUCGAGGUCUCGCGGCGGCACGACCAAGACCCGCCUUUGAUUUCGCUGGCCUUUGUGCUACAGGCCAUGCACGACGACGAAGAGCUGCACCGACUGCUCGAGUACCACGAAGCGUUUUUGGGCUCGGGCCCGACGCCCAUGCGCCGCGACGAACGGUCGUCGGCCGACCGCGUCCUCGACGUCCGGGUGCAGUCGAUGAUGACCAUGGGGUUUCCCGAAGCGUGGUGCAAGCGGGCGCUCGAAGAGUCCAACCACGAAGUCAACACGGCGCUUAACUGGAUUCUGAGCAACGGCCACUUGCUGGAUGCGCCGAUGUACGAGUCGACGAUGACGACGCUGGCGACACCCGAAACGCCGGGGACGCCGGGCACACCGCGCGAGCCAGCGCCCACUCUCGAGUGCGAGCCGGCCGACGACGCUGGGCCGUGCCACGUGCUGACGGACGCAGCCAACAUGGACGUCUCGGGCUCCGCGUACACGGCACUGUGGGCCUUGCCCAUCGUGCCGUCGACGGUCGUGACGUUCUCGGUGCAAGCGACGAGCGAUGUGAGUAUCGGUCUCUUUGCGUCGCUCGACCACGCCACUGUGCAGGAAGUGGUGCUGGGCGCCAAGCACAAUACGCUCCUUGAAGUCUACGAUGUCGUCGCGGGCAGCACGGAGAAGCGGCUUCUUGCAAGUGACACGGGCGCGUUCGUCGAUCCAUCCACUGCGGUGCCGUACUGGCUGGUCGUGACGCCGACGCGUGUGCACCUUGGCUAUGGCCACGUCGUCGCGCGUGCUAGCUUGCUUCUCGCGUGGGCCGCGCCAUGUCUCUCGCACGUUUCGUUUGCCACGCUCGGGCAGCCCGCGCUGCUCUCGGGCAUUCAAAUUCGCGCUUUUGACGAAGAAGACGACGACGGCGGUCUCGCCUCCUCCGUGAUCGAGGCAGCGCUCGCGCGACGCAACUGCAUUCGACCGCUCGACGACCCCGAGCAACUCUCGGACAUGACCUUUUGCUUUCACGACGAGACGCCGUCGAGUUCGAGCUACGAGCGGGAGCAUGUGUUCCACCCGUGGGCGCCUGCAUCGUCGCGGGUCGGGUUUGCCGAGUGCGCGGCCAAGUUUUCCGCCGACGAGCUCGCGAGCGACGUGCUCUCAACCUCGACGACCCUCCGUGUGCUGUACGCCCGUCGGCUCGGUGUCGGUGUUCUCGCCGCCUGCAAAGACGACAUUUCCGUGCUCCUCGACGUCUUUGAGGGGCACGCCGAUCUGUUUGUGCCGUUUGUGAGUCUUGUCGCGCACCGGGCGUGGGUCAGCGACUUUGCGACGACGAUGACGCGUCCGCCACUCGGAACGACGCGCCUCACGACGCCCGAUCUGCUCCAGCCGACGCUGCGUGCGCUGUGCGCGACCGCGAAUCCGCUCCGAUUGGCGAUCACGACGUUUCUCACGACGCAAAUGGAUCGCUUUCUGCGGGACGGACACCAAGGGACGCUUUCGUGGCGCCGCGCGCACAGCGACAAGCUCGACGCGUACUUUCGCAACGACGCCGACUUGCGCUUCCUCGGGCUGCUCACGUCCUGGCUCCUCGAGAGCGACGACGCCAUCGCGCUCACGCCGUCGAGCGUUGCCUACGAUCUCUACUUUAUCUGGGUCAAGGCGCUCCAGUCGAGUCAUCUCGAAGUGCAGCAAAAGGCGCUCCAAGUCCUUUGCCGCAUGCUCUUGCGCGCGCUCAACGACAACACCGUGUCCAACGACGUGCUCAUCGCGCUUCGGCGGUCGCUCUCGGUGACAUACCUCGAAGAGAACGCUCGUCGGCUCUUGGCGUUUGAAGACGAAGUGUACCCGCUCUACUCGCGCUACUUUCAGGCACACGUGGAGCUUCUCUCGGUGCUACAGCGGUUCCCGGCGCCAGUGACGCCGCCGAUGCGGUACGCGCUGCGGUUCAAAGGCGGCUGCGCCUACGUGGGGCUCGCGACCGACGACCUCUUGCCGCCGUGGACGGCGCAGUACUGUCUCUCGCCCGAGCGUGGCGGCGCCAAGGCGAUUCUCGCGUCGUCGGCCAACGGCUGCAUUGCGCUGCGCUCGGCAGAGCAUGCAGGCGUGAGUGUCGUGAGCUACCGUGAGCCAAGCUCGACGACAUUGUUCGAGACCACCGUGCCGUACGAUUGCUGGUCGGUGCUUUGCCUCGUCGCGUCGCCGACCCAAGUGACGCUCUAUCUCAACGGCGUCCGCGUGGCCUCGCAGCCAUUGGCUGGGUUUGCGCUCCCGAUGCAGUUUAUUGGCCACGACAUGUAUGGCGUCCGCGGCCGCGUCGCCAACGUCCGGUACUUUAACGCAGCGCUUGACGACGCCAACGUUGCUGCACUCUCGGCCCUCGACCUGCACCAGUGCUGCAGCGAAGAACACGAUGUGGUAACCAGUGCCGAGACUAUGGACUUGGUCCCGGCGCUGACAAUCAUCGGGCACUGGCCGCUCCAGGAAGGCGCCGGGACGCACGUCUACGACGUGAGCGAGCACUUGAACGAGAGCGCGAUUGUCGGCGCCAGCUGGACCUGUGCGCCGUCGCCAACGCUCGUACCGCCCACGGUGUUGUCGCUGCCGACGUCCAAGGUCGUCUUUACGGGCGCCGGGACGUGGACGCGCGAUGCGUGCGCGGCGCUCGGUGGUCCUUGGAGCCAAGCGCGGUCGAUGGCCUUUUCCCUCGAGUUGUAUGCCACGUCGUCGUCGUCAUCGUCAUCAUCGUCCUAUGAUGUCAUGGGUCGUCUUGUGCUCAACGCCCGCAUCACGUGCAUUGUGUUUGGCCAAGCGACGGUCGAUGGCGAGGUGUCGUUUGCGAUGCAGAGCCUUCGCCAAGACAUCAAGGAAGCGUAUUCGCCGCUCGAGUGGAUGGCGCACAUGCGCUUCUCAGGCCGGCACCGCGCGGGGCAGCUGCUCGGCGCGUGGACCACGACGAUGGCCCAGACCGUCGUCACGUCGCUGCCGUCCGCCAUGUCGUUCUUGCCGUCGUGUAGCGACGCGAUCGAAGUCUUUGACGGCGGCCGACGGGUGCAGAGUCUCCUUCGGAAGGGCAAGAAGCGCGCGGGCCUCGUCUUUUGCGCGUUUGGUGUCGAGGCCUUGGCCAAGCACUGGCACUCGGCGCCGUCGCCCGAUCUCUCGCUCGACCAACAACUGUUUGUACACAACCGCACCGAUACGUUCGUCACCGUGCGCGUGCACGGCCUCGUGACGCAUGGCAAGGUCUACUACGAGCUCGUGCUGCAGUCCAAGGGCCUCAUGCAGCUCGGGUGGGCGAGUCCUGGCUUCCGCCCGGCGUUUACGACCCAUGGCGUCGGCGAUCACUUUGGCUCGUUUGGCGUCGACGGCAAGCGCCGAAAGAAAUGGUGCAACACGGGCCACGCGUACGGGUCCGAGUCGUGGAGCUGGAACACUGGCGACGUCCUCGGCGUCUUAUUGGACAUGGACGCGCGCGAGAUGCGGUUCACGCACAACGGUCUCGACCUCGGGCUCGCGUUUGCGGAAGCCGACUACGCCCAAGUACCAUGGAGUGCGGGGUUGUACCCGGCGGGCAGCUUCUCGAGCGGCCAAAGCGCCAAGAUCAACGUGGGCCACACGCCGUUCCAGUAUGCGCCGCCGGAAGGAUUUGUGGCCGUGGCGUCCAUGAUUGAUGUUUCGCAUGUCGAUGUGUUCAACCACCGCACCAAGCAGUUUGCACCCGUGUGCGCGCAUCAUCGGGUCACGUCGCGCGUGGCGCCGCCACCGCCGUCUCUCUCCCGCGGGUCGAUCCACUGGGAGGUCGAGAUCAUGACGCUGCAAGCCACGGACGGUCUCCGCGUCGGGAUCGCGACGCCGAGCGCCGACCCGAACGGUCUUCUCGGCGGCGACGCCUACGGCUGGGGCGUUUGCGCGACCGGCAAGACGUACCACGGCGGCCACAGCCAGCGACUCGCAACAGUAGGGUUUGCACAAGGCGACGUGGUCGGCCUCGAGCUCAACAUGGACCUCGGGACGCUGGUCGUGUAUCGUAACGGGCUUCUCCUCGGCACGGCCUUUUCGAAUCUCCACUUGUCGCUGCCGAUGCAGUGCUUUGUCCACGGCACCAACGGAUUUGUGCCGUGCGUGAGCCUGUAUCGACCGCAGACGAGCGUCUUUGUGCGUGGCCUCAAGCACGGCCGCGGCGAACUCCGGUACCCGCCGAGCCACAGCCACGAGCGCUUUACGGGGCACUGGGAGCACGGGCGUCGACACGGCCUCGGACAGCUCACGUUGCGCGGCGAGAAGGAGGGGUACUACCUCGGACACUGGGACGCCAACCACCUCGAGGGCAUUCCGGCGUUUGUGGCGCCGGUUCCGCUCUGCGUCUCGACACUCUACCCGUCCGUGUGGAAGACGCUGCGUUUCCAGCGCGCGGCCGACCAUCCGACCCAAACGACCCGCACCCAGCGCUUUCGCAAGGGCAAAGUCGUGCCCGAGGCGGUCACGGACGCCGACGUGGUCGCGGAACCGCUCCCGAGCGCGUUGCCGCCGAUCAAUCUCCAAGCCGCCGCGACGGCUCCGUGGUAUCCGGCGGUGCCAUCGACCUUGGGCUACGUCACGCCGACCACCGACGCCGUGCAAACGAUCACGCAGGACGUCGAGCUGCGCGGUGUCUGGGAAGCGCAUUGCGAGCAAGCGUUUACGCUCGUACCGCCGCCGACCGCCUACGACAUGAUCGCCAUGAGUCCCGACCUCAUGGGCGUCCGGCUCGAGGCCCACGCGAGCACGGGCACGCAUCUCUUGGUCCGCGGCAACACGGCGUACACGUCGGGCGUGCACUAUUGGGAAGUGACCAUCGAGGCGUGCAACCACGGCAGCGUCUUCCUCGGCGUCGCGGCGCCGAGCGUCUUGUCGCCACCGGACGGCUGGGGCGACUAUGGUUUCGUGAGCUACCGCGUCAAGUGGAGCCAGGCCGAAGGCGAACAGCUCUACGGUCGGUACUUCUCGGCCGGCGACAGUAUCGGUAUCCGUCUCGAUAUGGACAAGGGCACGCUGGCCUUCUUGAAGGACGGCGACGACUUUGUGCGUGGCCGACCGGCCGUGAUUGACAUGGGCGUCGCCUUUCGCUUCCUCAAGUCGCAAGCCGGACGAAAAGCCUGUGCGUUUGGUCCGGUGUUUGGCCUCUCGUAUCCUGGUGACGCGCUCUCCGUGCGCCGCACCAAGGGCCUGCAUUGGCCGACACCGCGCCUGCACGACCGCUUGCAUCACGCGCUGGAGGCGGCAAGUCUCGUCCAAACCAUGGCAUCGACCCAGCGGCUCGACGCGGCGGUGUGGGCGCGCGCGCAGGCGAUGCAUAUGUCGAUGACGUCGACGGGGUAUUUCCAGCCGCGGGUCUUCCUCACACGCGCGGGGACGCCGCUGCGCGUGUCGGCGGCCAUGCGCGACGCGGCGUUGGUGACGACGCGCGGUCAAGCGACGCUCAGCACGCGGUAUGGCACGGCGCAGAUCCUCGGGCAACGCGACGACCGCGUGUGGUUUCUUAUCGAGGGCGAAGAAGGCGCGGGUGCGUGGUACUGGCGGCUGCCGGAAGUGCUUGCGCUUUUGGACCAAGCGCCCAUGGAAGAAGAGGCCGCGUGGAGCUGCGAAGCGUGUACGAUGCUCAACGACCCGAACCUCUCCAAGUGCCAAAUCUGCGAAACGCCACGGACGACGACCGUCCCCGACGACGUGCCGCCGCCCAGCGACGCCGACGUGGAAGCGACGACCGAUCCCUUUGUUCUCCUUUCGACGGCACCGGACCCGCUCUGGCCGCUCGCUACGCCAGUCGCGCCGCUCACUCCAGAUUUUGAAGCGCUCGUCGAUAGCUCGAGCAACUGGACACGGCAGCACGACGUGAUGCUGGUCGCGCAUGUCGAUGCCCUCUGCGACGUGCAAGCCACGGAGCCCGAGAACCUGGCGUGGGCCGAUGUCUGGGAGCACGUGCGUGGUUCGUUGAGUGGGUUUGACGCGUCCUUGGUCGCGGCGCGGUUGGCAUGCCUCCUCGUCCUGAACGGCACGGUCGCCCAGCUGCUGCCGUUUGUCGACUUGCACGGAAACGAUUUGUUUGCGCUGCCGACGGCGGCCACGGCGGCAGCGCUCGCGACGCUCCGCGAUCUGCUCUUUAAGCGCAUCAAGAUUGCGUUUUGGCGCGACCUGCUCGCGAUCACAACCACGCACACGACGCCGCCGUCCGACGAGUACGACCGACCCGACGGUCUGCGCGAAGUGAGUCUGAACCGGAUCCAAGCGCUCGAGCCGCACGGGGCCUACGACAAGACGAUUUUCGGUCAGCUCGCGACGGCCAUGACCAACUGGGACGCAUCGUCGCUGCGGCGCGCGUACACGGACGAGCUCCAGGACGCAGGGCAGCCCCGUGCGUUUUACGUCAAGUGCCUCGGCGAAGGCGUCGACGACCACGGCGGGCCGUACAGAGCCGUCUUUCAAACAGCGGGCUGGGAAGAGCCAAUUGGGCCCGUGUUGCGACUCUUGGAGCCGUGCCCGAAUGCAGUCCAGGCGUCGGGUGCCAAUCAAGAUAAGUACGUCGUGUCGCCCAGUGCAUCACCGUCGCACCUCAAGUUUCUCGGGCGACUGCUGGGGCUUGCGAUGCGGCACCGCAUUCUCAUUCCGCUCAACUGCUCGGAGCUCUUUUGGAAGCCGCUCGUAAGCUUGGCGCUUGACCGAAAGGACUGGAGUGGCGUCGACACGAUGGUCGUCCGUGAGCUCCAUGACCUCGAACGCCUCAGCGACGAAGAGGUCGCCGGUCUCGAGACGCAUGAGAUCAUUGACCACUUGCUACGCGUGGCACAAGCCCCAUUGGUCGCGCGGGACGAUACACCGCUCACGAGUGCGACCUUGAUCGAGAUGGUCGACGCGUGCGUGGCCCACCGAUUGGCGGCGCAGACGGCGCAGCUGCGACCGCUCAUGGAAGGGCUCGCGACCGUUGUGCCGCACGCGGCUCUGAGCCUCUUUACGCCGACGCAGCUCGAGGAGCUUGUGUGUGGGUCGCCCGAGAUCGACGUCGAGCUGCUGCAGCGCAUCACCGUCUACGAUGGGGUCGAUCCGAACGAUGCGCACAUUCAAUUUUUCUGGCAGUGCCUCACCGACAUGAACCACGAGCAGCGCAGCAGCUUUGUCAACUUUGUACUGGCGCGGUCGCGUCUGCCACGGUCGUUGGAAGAGUUUACGUUGCAUUUCAAGAUCCAGGCCGCGGUCGUGGCCGAACACGCCAACCCCGACAUGUACCUGCCGCACUCGCAGACGUGCUUUUUCUCGCUGAGUCUGCCGCGGUACAGCUCCAAGGCCAUUUGUAUGGAGAAGCUGCUGUACGCCAUCAGCCAUUCGCCGACGAUGGACGCCGAUUUCAUCGACCGCGCGACGACGGGCUGGGAGCACGUGGCGACGUGA